AUGUUCAAACUUUUGAUCAUCGCAACGUUUGACGGGAAGAAGCCGGCAGGUACGUUUCCGCAACGAUGUUUCGAAAUCUAUUCCCCCGUCAUUCUUUUCCACGGCUGUCUGGUUCCGCGUUAUCUAUCACGGAAAGCCGCUCCAUCGCGCGCGCCACCUAAGGGCGCGCCGGUCCUAUCGCAACCACAGGGUCCAAGAAAGCCAUUAGAAGAUCUUUACCAAAAAUUUACUCGAGCCAUUUCGAAAGACAAAGAAGCGACCAAGCUUUAUGCAGGAACUUCUCUUGGUUCUUACGUUGUGACCACCCGAACUACAGCAGCAUUUUGUUUUCUGUAUGCCGGUUGGAACUUCUACACCAUCACUUCCGAUCCCCUUUUGGAAGUAAGCUACUUCACUACCUAUGCUAUGGGUGGCAUAUGCAUUUUGAUGGGUGCUAUGGGGGCCGUAUUCAUCCGUCGUGGAACAAAGUUAAUCACUGGCAUCACUGCUGCGCCUGCCAGCGGGAGUAUGCCGGAAAUUCGGAUCAAUGUACGGCGGACGCUUGGGUUUCUGAAACCCCGCGAGAUAGUCACCACUCCAUCGCAAGUGACGUUAUCUAGCCCCAUAUUUGUCUCGAAACAACACCUACAUACCUACGAUAUGAGGCGAAUACGUGAAGCUUUCCAAGAACGCAACAUUGGACCGCAGUUAUCGUUCUGGAAAGAGCCCUUGAAGAAAAUAAGUUACCUUACUUGGAAAACACUCAUCAACAUGCGGCGCGCUUUCACCCAAGAAGGAUUCGUUUACGUCGAAGUGGAGGGCAUGUCUGGUGCAUUUCGCCUCGACAUGACGGGUUAUUUUGGCGACGAGUUUCUCACCUUUGAAAGAUGUGUCGCUGAGGAAUCUCGCUGA